CACAGGGUCUAUAGCGCAAGGAUAGAGACCGUUUCCUAUCUCCCAUUUUACGAACAGGUGUUAUGUCUAUUGAAAGAUGAUUAGAACAUCCCAAUAAGAAUGCAUUGGUCUCCUUCCUCUUUUUAGUGAUAUUUCCGUCUGCAACAUUGCAGUGUUUUUCUCUGCAGUGAAGCAAUCGGACAGCCAGGGCUGACGUGCAGAUAAGAUGCUCAGACAUAAUACAUGAUGUAAUGUUUCUAGGCAAAAUAUGUAUACUGGAUCAAUAGACUUCUGAAGACACCAUUUCUUUCUUUGGUCUAAGGCAAUUCGCACUGUCUGUCUCCCGUAACAGGCCCACUUCAUUUUAUUCCACAGAUAACGAUCCUGUGCAAGGACUUCUAUCGGUAAAGACAGCGGUUAGACGCCACAAGUGCCUCCAGCACCCCUGCUCUCCUUUUCGUCGGUCCCCACGACGUCACCAAUGCGACCAUGGGAAAUAGCAGUGACUAGGCGGCCACCGACAGCCCCCUUGAACCAGAGGAGGUUCCUAGGAGAGCCCUGCAACACCCCAGUGCACCUCAGGAGAAGCCCGUCAGUGACACGACAGUGGGGGAGUCGAGACCGACCGGUCGUACUGCACGACUCCUCGCUCCAGGAUGAGAACUUCCACCACCCUCUCUUCUCCCAGCAACAUCAGCAGGUUCUUUUAGAUGAGGCCAGACAGUACAGCCACGCCAGUGCCCCGCCACGCAUGCUCCACCCUGCCGCACACCCACCUCGGCAUCAACAGACCCCCAUCAUGGUGGAGGUACACGACCAGAUGCACCAGGAAUCCGUUCCGAUCUCUUACACUGUUACCACGGUGACGACGCACGGCUUCCCCAUCCACACCGGGCAACCUCUCCCAGGGUGCAACAGUCAGCAGCUCCCAGCAUGCUCGGUAAUGUUCAGCGGACAGCUCUCUCUGCUCUGCUGCCUUCCUCCUCCUCUCAUCCAAGCCUGUACAAUGCAGCAUUUGCCAGUGUCUUACCAAGCUUUCCCACCCCUGAUCUCCAGCGAACAUUUUAUAUUGCACCCCAACCCCCCGGGGCCACCACCCCACCAGCCUCCUCACCUUACUCCUCUCAGCCAGUUCCUCCCUCUCCAGAGGCAGCACCCACGCAUGCCUCUCCAUAGGGUAGAGAAUGAAGUGGACCUCAGGGGGGACCAGCAUCCAUUAGGAACGUUCUCUUACCCUGCCUCGAGUCACCACCACCCAUCAGCGCUGCCUCCCUCUGUCCCCCUCCAGUACCUCCCUCAGGAGCCUCUGCACCAGGAGAUGCCCUCCUUCUCAGUGCCAUACCCCCACAUGCUGCCGCGACGUGUCAGUGGUCACAGGUACCGGUUACAGCAGCCCCUGCCCCCACCGCCACCGCCACCACCCUACUACCCAGGCUUCCUGCCCUACUUCCUGUCGAUGCUUCCUGUGCCUCCCACAGCAGUGGGACCAGCCAUCAGUCUGGACCUGGAUGGAGAUGACGUGGAGAUGGAGAACUACGAGGCAUUACUGAACCUGGCUGAAAGGCUGGGAGAGGCUAAACCACGAGGAAUCACCAAGGCAGACAUCGAGCAGCUUCCAUCCUACAGGUUCAACCUCGACAACCAUCAAUCUGAACAAACGCUGUGUGUUGUGUGCUUUAGUGACUUCGAGUGUCGGCAGCUGCUGAGGGUAUUACCCUGCAACCACGAGUUCCACGCCAAGUGUGUCGACAAGUGGUUAAAGACUAAUCGCACUUGUCCAAUUUGCCGGGCGGACGCGACAGAGGUGCACCACGAGGUGGAGUGACUGAUACCGGGCGGAUGCGUCAGAGGUGCACCGCGAGGUGGAGUGACUGAUACCGGGCGGACGCGUCAGAGGUGCACCGCGAGGUGGAGUGACUGAUACCGGGCGGACGCGUCAGAGGUGCACCGCGAGGUGGAGUGACUGAUACCGGGCGGACGCGUCAGAGGUGCACCGCGAGGUGGAGUGAUUGGAAAGCAGCACAAAACUAAACCCACCGGAGCCUGUCUGUCUUAGCGCCUGCCUCGGCCUCAACCUGCCCGGGGCCUUCUGCCACCUACCCUGCCUGCUUCCUGUGGCCUCCUGCCUGCUUCCUGCCACCACUCCUGCCUGCUUCCUGCGGCCACCUACCCUGCCUGCUUCCUGCGGUCUCCUACCACCACUCCUGCCUGCUUCCUACGGCCUCCUGCCUGCUUCCUACGGCCUCCUGCCUGCUUCCUGCGGCUUCCUACGGCCUCCUGCCUGCUUCCUGCGGCCUCCUGCCACCACUCCUGCCUGCUUCCUGCGGCCUCCUGCCACCACUCCUGCCUGCUUCCUGCGGCCUCCUGCCACCACUCCUGCCUGCUUCCUGCGGCCCCCACCACUACCUACCCUGCCUGCUUCCUGCGGCUUCCUGCCACCACUCCUGCCUGCUUCCUGCGGCCCCCUGCCACCACCUACCCUGCCUGCUUCCUGCGGCCUCCUGCAACCACCUACCCUGCCUGCGUCCCCCACCACCACCUACCCUGCCUGCGUCCCCACCACCACCUACCCUGCCUGCGUCCCCCACCACCACCUACCCUGCCUGCGUCCCCCCCCCCCCCCCCCCCCCCCCACUUCAACAACAAUAAGCCGUCUAAGAUUGUAUGUUUGGAGCUCCUCCCCCCCGGUCGUUCCUCUGCUGUGUCUGAUAAAGCUCCUGCCUACCAUAGCCUCAUAGCCACAGAGUUGUCCAGUCAGUCUGCCUGCCUGGGAUAGCCAUUGAUCCACCACCUCGAUCUGCUCCUCUGCCUGCCCCAGUGUUGCAGAUUCCAAAGAUGUGACCUACCAUGUUGUUAUCGUCGUAGGGCUUUUACGUUUACACGGUUUUUCCUUUUUCGUUACCUUGUGGUUUUUGGUUAGUUCUUUGUGACAGAUGGGCGUUGGAGCUGCCUGCAUGGGAGAUGGUGAUGACAAGAGGUGUGGGGUGAGGGCCUGGUGGAGCGGAGGGAGGAGUCACACAUCGUUCGAUCAGCAGACCAGUAAUGGGAAUGCCUCAACACGGUUAAAACUCUAGACCAUGUAGACCAUUCCACUGGCUGACUGACCGUCAUAGUACUGUAGGAGACUAGACCAUUCCACUGGCUGACUGACCGUCAUAGUACUGUAGGAGACUAGACCAUUCCACUGGCUUGGAGGAGACGCCACUGGCUGACUGACCGUCAUAGUACUGUAGGAGACUAGACCAUUCCACUGGCUGACUGACCGUCAUAGUACUGUAGGAGACUAGACCAUUCUACUGGCUGACUGACCGUCAUAGUACUGUAGGAGACUAGACCAUUCCACUGGCUGACUGACCGUCAUAGUACUGUAGGAGACUAGACCAUUCCACUGGCUGACUGACCGUCAUAGUACUGUAGGAGACUAGACCAUUCCACUGGCUGACUGACCGUCAUAGUACUGUAGGAGACUAGACCAUUCUACUGGCUGACUGACCGUCAUAGUACUGUAGGAGACUAGACCAUUCCACUGGCUGACUGACCGUCAUAGUACUGUAGGAGACUAGACCAUUCCACUGGCUGACUGACCGUCAUAGUACUGUAGGAGACUAGACCAUUCCACUGGCUGACUGACCGUCAUAGUACUGUAGGAGACUAGACCAUUCUACUGGCUGACUGACCGUCAUAGUACUGUAGGAGACUAGACCAUUCCACUGUCUGACUGACCGUCAUAGUACUGUAGGAGACUAGACCAUUCCACUGGCUGACUGACCGUCAUAGUACUGUAGGAGACUAGACCAUUCCACUGGCUGACUGACCGUCAUAGUACUGUAGGAGACUAGACCAUUCCACUGGCUGACUGACCGUCAUAGUACUGUAGGAGACUAGACCAUUCUACUGGCUGACUGACCGUCAUAGUACUGUAGGAGACUAGACCAUUCCACUGGCUGACUGACCGUCAUAGUACUGUAGGAGACUAGACCAUUCCACUGGCUGACUGACCGUCAUAGUACUGUAGGAGACUAGACCAUUCCACUGGCUGACUGACCGUCAUAGUACUGUAGGAGACUAGACCAUUCCACUGGCUUGGAGGAGACGCCUGGCUGACUGACCGUCAUAGUACUGUAGGAGACUAGACUAUUCCACUGGCUGACUGACCGUCAUAGUACUGUAGGAGACUAGACCAUUCCACUGGCUGACUGACCGUCAUAGUACUGUAGGAGACUAGACCAUUCUACUGGCUGACUGACCGUCAUAGUACUGUAGGAGACUAGACCAUUCCACUGGCUGACUGACCGUCAUAGUACUGUAGGAGACUAGACCAUUCCACUGGCUGACUGACCGUCAUAGUACUGUAGGAGACUAGACCAUUCCACUGGCUGACUGACCGUCAUAGUACUGUAGGAGACUAGACCAUUCCACUGGCUUGGAGGAGACGCCACUGGCUGACUGACCGUCAUAGUACUGUAGGAGACUAGACCAUUCCACUGGCUGACUGACCGUCAUAGUACUGUAGGAGACUAGACCAUUCCACUGGCUUGGAGGAGACGCCUGGCUGACUGACCGUCAUAGUACUGUAGGAGACUAGACCAUUCCACUGGCUGACUGACCGUCAUAGUACUGUAGGAGACUAGACCAUUCCACUGGCUGACUGACCGUCAUAGUACUGUAGGAGACUAGACCAUUCCACUGGCUGACUGACCGUCAUAGUACUGUAGGAGACUAGACCAUUCCACUGGCUGACUGACCGUCAUAGUACUGUAGGAGACUAGACCAUUCCACUGGCUGACUGACCGUCAUAGUACUGUAGGAGACUAGACCAUUCUACUGGCUGACUGACCGUCAUAGUACUGUAGGAGACUAGACCAUUCCACUGGCUGACUGACCGUCAUAGUACUGUAGGAGACUAGACCAUUCUACUGGCUGACUGACCGUCAUAGUACUGUAGGAGACUAGACCAUUCCACUGGCUGACUGACCGUCAUAGUACUGUAGGAGACUAGACCAUUCCACUGGCUGACUGACCGUCAUAGUACUGUAGGAGACUAGACCAUUCCACUGGCUUGGAGGAGACGCCUGGCUGACUGACCGUCAUAGAUGCAUGUUAGUGUAGGUGACUGAUGGGUUAAAGUGACCUGUUAAUAUAAUAUAUGUUUUGCAAUAAUGUAUUGAUGAUUUCAAUAGUUUGUUCCCUUUUCGUUUGUGUUCUUUUUCAAUCUGCUGAUGCUAUUGUGAAAGUGUGACUUGCUGUGGUUAAAAUUAGCCUCAUCUGGCACUGAGAAUGAUGGUCUACCACUGACUUGUUGGGGAUAUAUCCGUUCCUUCACGCCCUGUUGUCCCCCCCCCCACUGUGAUACACAACUGACUGGACGGAGGGAGGAGGAGUUUAUGCUGUGGAGUUUCACUUUUUGAUCUGGUGAAGGUCCUCAGAUCGUCCCCCCCCAGAGAGAGGAGAGGAGGGGACACUGCCUGUCUGUGAAGUCAUCUGCCCUUUCUGCAAAUUAACCACAUCCAUCCUCCUCUCCGGGCCUUGGCCCUGUGCGAGUUGCCCGGCUGGAUCUCAGGCAGCGCUGAGGGGUUUGCAUAGACUGUUGAUUCAGACUAGCAAUAUUUUAAUCCAACGUUGCCAUUUUAAAAGGAAAACAACAACAAGCAAACAUAAACAAGGUAUUCUGGCUGAUAUGGGGACCCCGGGAGAGGGGGCUUCACUACCCCAGUAUCACCCACGCUGACUGACUGCUGCUGGGGAGCUUGAUGCAUUAAACAGUAUGACUGAUGGGUUUUAAUGUGGACAUGUUUUCCUUCCUGUUUUUGGAAGAUCCAGGCAUUUAUUUGUUUGUGAGCCAAAUAUUCAAUAUAAUAUAUAAAUAUAUAUACUCUUUCAAGAUUUCAGAUCUGCCUUCCAAUACCUUGACAAGCACAAACUCUAUUUACUUAUUAAUCUUUAAAAAAAAUAUUUAAAAAUCCCUUUGUCAUUUCCACUUGUUUUUAAGAGUAUAAUUUUUAAAUAGUAUUAUUAUUAUUAUUAUAAUAAUUUUUUUAGCUAUCUUAGAGACAACGUGUUAAAGGACAAGGUCAGAGCACUAACGUGGAAGUGUGUGGUUAAAUGGUAUGUGUUCUAACUUAAAGGCAACUUAACUUGGGGCAGGUCUUGUUGUUAGGCCGUGCUAACUAAUGGUGUUGUAAAAGAUGAAGUGUUGUAUGCUGCAUAGCUUCAGUGUGAAAGCUUCUCGAUAAUCGGCUUGUUUUGAAGACAAAAUAAUGUUAUAACUCCCUGUUGUAAAACAUCUCUAGUGACCUGACAAGACAGACGCUCUGGCUUUGUCCCCCUGGCUGAGCUGACUGUACUUUUUACAGUGAUGAUCAGGACAGGAAGGGGUUGGAGACAAAGAUGGAGGAGUAAGUGUUUGGUAGAGUGAUACACUGUUAAAACAUCCCAGAAGGUACCCUAAGUAGUGCACUACUUUUGACCAGGGCCCAUAGGGGCUAGUGCACUAUAUUGGGUCUCUGUGCUCAUCUUUGACUUCCAAAACAGAAUGUUGUUGAGGUGUUUAAAAAAAAAAACCAGUUAGUCCGGGUGUCUUUUGUAAGUGUUGUGUGUGAAUAGGGGGGGGGGGACUCCUUUCUAUUCCCAACUACCCCAAUAAGCACUGCGAGGCGGAUGUACCUUUUCGGAUGGACAUUUUGCUGUCUUGUGUAAAAGGACCUUGCCAUGUUUUCUAUAGCGAAUGUGAGUCUCUUUGUGACAUGUGUUACCUACCACCUUUUAAAAGAAGAAAAAGAAAAAAGCCAUCUUGAUGAGUUUAAAGUAAAAACCCACAGCUUUGAGAGUUAAUCUGUGUACAUAUCUUGCCACUAACAUAUAAAUAUUGUGAGUUUAAAACGAGAAAAAAAAAAAACUAUCACUCAGGGCCUCUCAGUAUAUAAGAAUAAAGGAAAACAGUCUGUUCUAAUUUGACAGAUGACAUGAAAAGGUUGGUGGUGGAUAUGAUUUUCUUGGUUGUUUUCCUCAGGCCUCGCAUAUUUUUAAUGUAGUCAAUUAAGGUAAUAAUAAUACUAAUGUUGUUUUUUUGCCAGAGUAGUGGAUAUUACAUCAUAUAAAUUACAAAUUUAGUUUGUGUUCUUGAACAACCACACGACGUACAGACAUGCAUAUUUACAUAACGGUUGUGAUCCCAUUUUUAAACGUGCCAUUGAUGCACACUAUCCUACCUAAAACUACAAAGGUGUUUGCAUGAUUUAAAAAAUAAAAACCAAUUGUGUAUUUCCAGUGAAAGAUAUCUAGCCAUGGGGGACGGUGGACUAUUUAACGAUGCACAAUAAGCAUGCAUGUCCUACCAAGUCCCAACUGGUUUUUAGCUAGCUCUAGUCGGCUUCGGGUUUCGUUCUUCAGUUCUUCUUCUUCCGUCACUGCUCAGCUGAUAACUGCCAUGCGUUGUACUGCACACGUUUGUAACCCAAUUGAACGACUACAAGAUUUUAAAAAGUUGCCUGGACUUGGAACUGGGGAGAAAUCCAGGAUUUUAAAAGUUAUAAUAUGUAUGUAUUAUAAUAUUUAUGCUAUGUUGUUAUUGCCUAAAACAUGUCUAGAACCUAGUUCACUGAAAGCCAUAGUGAACAACGAUCUGCUUUAGGUAUGAUGCUGUUUUGACAUGACGAUCUGAUCGGAUGGAUACUUAUUAAAGCAUGUUGCUAAUAUGCUAAUAGCCUUUCAAAUAGUGAUGUUACAUUUUAAAGAACACUUUGUUAGUCAAACUAAUAACCUAACUCUCAAUGUAGAUUUGACAUCCGAGAGACACCAGCGGGAGGCUGCCGAGGGAGAGAACUAAGCUCGUAAUUAUGUCUGGGACGGAAUCGAUCACAUGGUUACGUUGUCUGAUUCCGCUCCAGCCAUUACAACAAGCCCGUCCUCCCUAAUUAAGGUGCCACCAACCUCCUGUGCUAGAUACCUUUUAUUCACUUAUUGAAACAUUAGCACCAUGGUGUGUGUGUGUGGGGGGAGGCAGGUUUUAAUGACCAUAUUGUGUUUUUAUUUUUUUUCUUCUGUCCCAAAUACCAGAAAACCUCAUGUAAAGUCAAGUAACUUCAAAACAUACAAUUUUAAAUAGAAUCUUGUAGUCUUUCUGUAAUCCAAUUAUUGAAUGAUCUCACAGCUUGUGUGGUGCAAAGGAAGAGAGAAAAAAAGGAAACAUAAAAAUGUUUUGAAUAAAAUGCUGUUCCAAUAAUAAAAACAGCUAAAAUAAUUUAUUUAGGAUUUGAUUUAUUUUAUUUGCGUCGUAGAUUCACUGUUUUCCAAUGAUGUGUUGCUGGGUGAUGGGAAUAGUGGUCUGUUUAUUGAUUCCUCCAGCUUCUAGGGGGGCUCCCACCCAACAGGCCAGGGGCAUCUGAAACAGAUGUUUGCUUUGGUACGUGCACAUUUUACAGUUACCUCAUGUUUGGAUUUUAAAAAAUUAAUAAAAUGCUUAUAUAUAUAUAUAUAUAUAUAAAUAUAUAGGGGAAAUGUUCUGAAUGCUAUAAUUUUUUCAUUCCAUUGGAAUCAUUGUUUGUAGGACUUAACUAGUUAUAGUCUAUAUAUACACACACACACCUGUAUACUGAUUGACAUUUUUCAGAUUUGUACUUUUUUAAAAUGAAAAAGUUGCUAGUUCUGCUUUACCGAGUCGUGCGAUCAUAUUUUUUUUUUAAUAGUUGUGGCUGAUUUGAGAGUAGUUCACUAAUAAAUGUAUACCAAUAU